GUUUGACUUAAUAACGAAAUACCGAAUUAACAAAUCAAAUCGUUUAGUAAAAAGAAAAAAAUUAUUUAUGUAGAUAAAUACUAAUGUUUUAAAAUAAAAAAAAUGUUUUAUAUACAAAUACUUUUGGCGAUAUUAUUUUACAGAGGAAUGGAAUGCCAAUAUAAAUAUAUAGGAAACGACCAAAUAGAAAACACGGACCUUUUUAGUCUUCGCGAGAAAGGGUCUGAGGUCGAAAGAACAGAAAUUUUAAAAAAUAAUAAGCCCUUAGAUAGGGGACCAUAUUUUGAUACAUCGGCAACAAAAAACGUUACAUCAUUAGUUGGAAAAACAGCUCAUCUCAACUGUCGCAUUAAAAAUCUUGGUAAUAAAACUGUGUCGUGGAUAAGACACCGAGAUUUACAUUUACUCACUGUAGGUGAAAGUACGUACACUUCAGACCAACGCUUCAUAUCAAUAUACAAUAAAAUUACGGGAGACUGGUCGUUAAAGAUUAAAUUUCCUCAAAUACGAGAUUCAGGCACUUACGAGUGUCAAGUAUCGACUACUCCGCCCGUUGGAUAUACUAUGAUAUUUUCUGUUGUUGAACCCGUAACUUCUAUACCGGGCGGACCUGAAUUAUUUAUAGAUGUGGGGUCAACAGUGAAUUUAACAUGCGUUGUAAAACAUUUACCGGAUCCACCUUUGUCCGUUCAUUGGACGCACAAUAACCAGGAAAUUAAUUACGAUUCUCCAAGAGGAGGAGUUUCAGUUAUAACCGAAAAGGGCGAUAUUACUACGUCUUAUCUUCUAAUUCAGAAAGCCACAACUACAGAUUCUGGUCGCUAUACUUGUCUCCCUUCCAAUGCGAAUCCAAAAUCAGUGAACGUUCACAUACUACAUGGAGAACAUUCUGAAGCUGUUCAAGCGGGCGCCCAAAUAUCUCUUCAAUUCAGUUAUACGCCCAUUGUGUUUCUUUCCCUGUACUUAGUAUGACUAAAACUAAUGAAAUUCCUUGUUUAUUUUAUCUUUUAAAAAUAUGUGUAAAUAAUGUAAACUGAAUAAAUUUAAUUUAAAAGCAAUGCUUAAUGCACUAAAAAAUCCAAGAAGAAACGACACGAAACUGAAUAUCCUAAAUAACUGGGAAGCAUAUUUAUUUUGUACAAAAAAAAGUAAAAUUUAUAUCAUAAACCUUCAAAAUAUUAUUAAAGAGAGUAAAGGAAAAUAGAAAUCAAAGCGAGGCUUAUCCAAGUAAUUUGCCGCUACGCGGUUAGAAAGGGAAAGUGCUUUGCUCCAAGUUGUAAUAAUGAAACUUUUGUUAGUAAAUAAAGGCCAAUACAAAUGUUCAAAAAUGUGGAGAUAUUUAUUUCUUAAUUCUGAGGGUUUUUUGUCGAUCAAAAAGUCACCAGACAUUUACAUCAAAAGUAAAUACUUACCAUUUUCCGUCAUUUAUUAAAACGCACAUCCUUUAAGGUUAGUUUUGAUAAAAAUCUAAUAAUCGUUCUUUUUUUUUAUUAUAUUUGGAAGUACUUUGAAAAAAGAGUUUGAAUAUAAUACAUAUUGCUUUUUGAGUACAAUUUUUGAUGUUUCUUUAAAGAGUAAGUGUAAAUUAUCACAUGAUUUUGCAUGAACAGGCAAGAUUUUGUCUAUUUACAAAAUACUUAUUAGUAAAUAUUAAAAUUACGCUUUCCAUAAUUUUGAGUUUAAGUGUAUAUGUAUAAAAUACAUACGUUUUUAUCUUAAUUUUAUAUAUAUAAUAAUUAUUUAAGUUAAAUAUUAAAGUAAAUGAAGUUAAUUUAAGAUUAAAAUACUGCCUUUGUUAGAAAGCUUUCAGGACGUAUGCAUAAAUAUUAGACCGGUGAGAUAGCUGUUGUCAAAUCCACCCAUCAACCACUAAUUCUGCAAUAUCUUUUUAUUGGCGAUUUUGGAAAUUACUUACACUAAGUUACUUGACAAGUGCCGCCAACGAUUUUAUAACGUAACCGUUUAAUCAAUAAAAUUAGAUGUAAAGAAAAAGAAUUAAAUCGGAACUUUGAAAUAAAUAAUACAUUAAAACAGAUACAUACUAGAAAGAAUACAUCAAAUAGAUUUUUGUUAAUUGCAUUCUCAAUGAUCCAGAUCAAUAUUAAUAAGUAAGAAAAUAAUAUUCGGCCGCGACCGAAUUCUUUAUACCCGUCAUCGCUUGAUGUUGAUCAAUUAUACGUCAGCUUCGUAUGGUCCCAAAAGAUUCUUUCUGAGUCUUGCAAAUGUAUCCACAAAAUAAUGAAAUUUUAAUGUUCUAUAAUAUUGAGCAGGCGUAGUUAAUGUUUCCAUUUUUCUACAGGUGCUGCAUGGCCACUUUUAUAAUACAAAUGCAAACUUUUAUCGUUAUAUCUGCUGUGGUUUAUAAACACGGAGCAAAAAAAUAAAAUUCUUUUAUUUUUUAAAACAUACAUGGUCCUAGAUUAUCUUGCUCUACGGUCGUGUCCUUUAAAGAAUUUCCAAACUUUGUGCUAAAUUUAAAGUGGAUUGCUGCAUUUGUGCGAUCAGGAGUAGGUUCACCAUAGGCAUUGCACAGGCAGACAGACGGACGGAGAAGCAUUCUUAAAUCGGUUCAGAAUUUGACGUUGAUCAAAGGUAUAUGUACUUUAUGCAGUGUCUGAAGCUGCAGGUUGCAGACAGUUUGACGAAAUGAAUACGCCAUUCAUCCUUUGAUGAUGGGUAUAAUAUUUUUUACAAUAUACAAUAUAUGCUAUAUUAUGAAGCUUGACAUAUGGAACUUAACUAG